AAAGAAGUCACCUCCCCAGCUGACACCAUCUUCCAACAGAUUGAGCAAGAGCGUUUUGAGCACUACAGAAAAGCUUACAGGGAGCUGGGAGCUGCCACCCUGUGGCUGUAAAAUACUACUGUACUUCCAAGGACAGAGAGAAGCACUAGACUAUUGUCACCGGGACCGCAGACGCUCAGAACACAAGGGCAGCGUCCGCGUCUCCCGCUCAGACUCACCCGCUUCCCGCUGCAGGGUCACUGCUGGCUGCUCCAGAGGAAGCCAGCACACUGAGACAGCAGGCGUUGCCUCAGGGACAGGGUUUGAUAUUGCAGGCGCCACGCGAGGAGGAGGAGAGGAACUGCACUUGUCACAAGGAUGUCCAAGCUCCUAAGCCAGCCUGGCCUGCUCUGAUAAGCUCAAGGGUACUGGGGAAGAAGGAGGAGCGAGUAGGAUGAAAGAGCCUGGGCUAGAGUGACCUGAGAACACUGGAGGAGCCCCUGGCAGGGGAGAGGCUGGCUGUCUCCGGCUCGGCCAUACCCGCACGCUCUGGGCGCAUCUGGCAGCACCUGGCGGGCAUGAACUGCAAGGGGCACUCGUCGCUGCUGCUGCUGCUGCUUCCUGUGCUGCUGGGGCUGCUGCAGGUGAGCUGGGGGACCAGUGCCCAACAAGAAAAAGAUCAUCUUACUAAUCAAACAAAGGAGGGGUUUGGAAAACGCCACGGGCCUCUACGGCGAUCCAAGAGAAGAUGGGUCAUCACCACCUUGGAGCUGGAGGAGGAAGACCCGGGCCCCUUUCCCAAAUUCGUGGGCGAGCUGUUCAACAAUAUGUCUGAAAAUAGGACGUUAAUGUAUUUAAUCAGUGGACCUGGUGUGGAUGAAUAUCCGGAGAUUGGUUUGUUUUCUAUAGAAGAUCACAAGAAUGGAAAAAUAUAUGUUCACCGCUCUGUUGAUCGUGAAACGACACCGUCUUUUAUGGUCUGCUUUGAUGCCGUGGAUCGCUCAACAGGGGAAAUUGUGGAUAGAUCCUUGAUUUUCAACGUUAGAAUCAGGGAUGUAAAUGACCACGCACCCCAGUUUCCUGAGAAGGAAUUUAACGUCAGUGUGAAAGAGAACCAAGCUGCAGGUCAACCUAUUUUUCAGGUGUUAGCAGUUGAUUUGGAUCAAGAAAACACUCCAAAUUCUCAAGUCCUUUAUUUCCUCGUUUCUCAAACACCAUUACUGAAAGAAAGUGGUUUCCGGAUUGAUCGUAUCAGUGGAGAAAUAAAACUCUCAGGAUGUCUAGAUUACGAGACUGCGGCCCAGUUUACCCUCGUAAUCAGAGCCCAGGACGGGGGAGAGCCAUCCCUGUCAUCCACUGCCACGGUCCACAUCCACGUGCAAGACGGCAACAACCACCUGCCUACGUUUGCCCGGGAGAAUUACAAGAUUCAGAUUUCUGAAGGUCAAGUCACCCAGGGCCUGUUGCGUCUCCCGGUUCAAGACCGCGACUCGCCGGGGACAGCAGCUUGGAGAGCACAGUUCAACAUACUGCACGGCAACGAAGAGGGGCACUUUGACGUUUUGGCUGACCCCGAGACCAACGAAGGCAUCCUAAAUGUUAUCAAGCCUCUGGACCACGAGUCGCGCCCGGUGCGCAGCCUCGUCAUCACCGUGGAGAACGAGGAGCCGCUCUUCUCCUGCCAGAGGGGCGAGCUCCGGCAGCCCAGGGGGGCCGCGGCAAGCGCCACCGUGAGUGUGCAGGUGGCCGCCAACGACCCGCCCGCCUUCCACCCCGAGAGCGUCGUGGUCAGCUUAGAGGAGGGCGCCAGGCCUGGGACCCCGCUGGGAACGCUCAGCGCCAUCGAUCCCGACGGCCCCGCAAGCCAGAUGAGAUACGAACUGGUCCGUGACCCAGCAAAUUGGGUUGCCGUAGAUGAAAACUCGGGAGCUGUCAUCACCAGGGGGCCCAUUGACCGAGAAUCCCCUCACGUCAACGACAGCUUUUACACGAUCGUCGUCCUCGCUGUGGACAGUGGCGUCCCACCGCAGACGGGCACAGGGACCCUGAUGCUCUUCCUGUCUGACGUCAAUGACAACGCCCCAACUCUCCAGCCCGGCUCUCGUGACGUGGAGGUGUGUGAGUCUUCGGGGAACGAGCCCCUCCGCAUCGAGGCAGACGAUCCGGACCUGGAGCCCUACUCUGACCCGUUUACAUUCGAGCUGGAUGACACCGUGGGAAACGCAGAGGACAUGUGGAGAUUGGGGAAAAAUUGGGGUCGGUCAGUUGAACUUUUCAUGUCGAGAAGCCUCCCGCGUGGUGACUACUUGGUGCCGCUCGUCAUUGCGGACAGACAGGGGGUCUCCCAGAAGCAGACCGUCCACGUGAGGAUCUGCUCCUGCCCCAGUGGGAUCAUGUGUGCCGAACUCUCUCACGCAGGAGCGGAGCUCGUGAGGGCCCUGGCCCCAGUCUGUGCGGCAUUCUCGGCCCUGGCAGUGGCUCUGCUGUUACUGCUGCGAUGCUACUUUGCAUUUCAACCCAGGAGGCGCAGAUGCUCUCUGGACAGUGACACAGGCCAGCAGACCCUGAUUGUGUAUAACGACGAGAGCAAAGCCCCCUUGGCCCAGGUAGCGGUACGCAGUGCUCCUGUCUUGCAGCAAUAUGACGUCCUCUCUCCAAACACGCCGCCCAGGUGUACAGGAUGGGUGCCUGUCGCAGUCUGGGUUUCUCCUGCAGUGUCGUGGACUCAGUGUGUUUGGGGGAAACAGCGUCCCUGGCUUUCCGGUUUCACUUCCGCCUUCCGUAAUUUCAGCCGGUCGCCCUUCCUUCCCCGUGUUCCGCAGACGCAGUCAGACGUCCGGGGCCAGAUGCGGGCUCCGCCGACACACACGGCCGUGGCGGGAGCCCGGCUGAGCGCUAAGGUCUACCCGGGUGGCGCGGUGCCCGGGCGACGGCUGGCCCCGGUGGGAGGAAGGAUCGCAGAGAUGCUGCGUCAGAAGCUCCGCGGAGUGGACGCGCGGGAGGACGACGCGGACUGCCAGCCUCGCGCCUACCUGGAGGAGGGGAGGAGCGCGGGAGCCCCGUCCCUCAGCUCCCUGGCCGUCUCGGAGCAGGGGCUGCCGCCCGACCUGCUGGACGGCUUGGGGUGGAAAGCUGCCGCGCUUGCAGACACGUAUGCAGAGCGAGGCGUCUCUUCCUCAGACGGUGCCUAUUUCGGAGAGCUGGCGCCAUUCGCGGAGGGCCGUCGCUAGCCACUCUUCUGGGAUUUUUUUUUUUUCUUUUCUGCCUGUGUUCUUAUUUUUAAUGACUUCCCAGUCCUAGGAUGAGGACGAACGAUUAGUCCGGUUUAAAUGCUUUGAUAUUCUCGGGCCGGCCGUCUUGAGCCAAAGCAGAACAGCAGGUGAUACUUCAGUAAAAUUUGACUGGCCGGAUUUUCGGAACAAAUUUGAAUUUAGUUGGAUUAUCCUUUGCUUCCCUUAGCAGCCCAGCUCUGAGGGUGGAUGAGUGUAAUCUGUAGACUUCCCGGCUCUCUGGCAACGCAGGGAAAUGUAAAAAAUGGAUUUAAAAGGUUAUUUACUUUCCCCAAAUUAUGAUUCUGCUUCAGUGGAAGUGAAAAAAAAAAUGGCGAAUAGGGAAAUGUUUUCUAGAACAUUCAUAAUCAGUAUUUUUAGUGAUCUUUUUUUUAAAAAAAAUACUGGUCCCUUUUCACUUUUGGAUUAGAUAGAUAAAAUAUGUUCUCUCAAGGGAAAUGAUUAUGUUUAGAACAUUAUAAGCAGUCCAUGCUUUCUUUAAAAAAGGAGGAAUAGACAUAAUUUAACUUGUAUUAUGUAAGUAAAAGAAUUUAGGAGACUUUGAAUGAAUAUGUUCUGAUUACAUUUUUAUCUUAUGCAAAACCGCAAACCGUAAUUGGUUUUUCCUUGUCCACUUACUGCCAGUGUGAGUUGCAAGGGAUGGUCUUUUUUUAAAGUCUUAAAAUUUUUUCUAUAGUAGGACGUGUGCCCCAUAAGUAGUUUUCUUGUUUGAAUAAUAGAUAAGAGUGAGUCUGACUAAGCAAAGUUUAAAAUGCUACCAGGACCCUUUAAUGUGUAUGUUGGAUAUCUGAAAGUUUACGGCCAAAUCUAAAAACUUUUACGUAAUUAGCCAGCAUUCUCUUCUCUGGCGGUCCUCUCUUGUGCCUGAGGAUUAAUCAAGAGAAACACGUUUGCUGUUGUUACAUAUCAACGGGGAGUUUCAGCCGGAGUUAGAACUUUCCCCUUCUUUCUGAAGAAGCUGUACAAAUACCUACUUUCGGAUAUUGACUGUAUGUAGUUACUUCAUUCAUUCUCUAGCGCUCUGGGCCAACUAACCGAUAAAGAAGAAAACCCGCAUCUAGAGCAUCAGAGUAUCUGAAUCUGACACAUGAGUGUGUAGAACAGCUGUGCUCAUACUGGCAUGGUUCAGAGCAGAGUCUAAGACUUUUUCUGGGUAAUUCAGGAUAAAAGUAAUGUUUUAGAAAAAUAUACUCCUAAGUCGGAAUUCUUGGCAGAGGCCAGUUUGGUGGUUAUUAGACCUUCCAGAUUGGCCUUAUCACCAUGGGCAGAUCUUGCCCACUGUCUGUACUUAUAAAUAAAGUUUUAUUGGCACUCGGCCUUGCUCAUUA